AUGACCUCGCUCGCCCAUUCCAUCCUGGGCUCCUGUGUCCCACGCAUCGUUAGCGUCGUCACGGUUUCAAGCAGAGCCUCCGACGACUCGAUGCCCACCCGCGCCCAACAGGGCCUCAUCCUCUCUCGCCAGCCGGGCACACCACUGGUCGAGCUCUGGCCCUCGCUCACCGCUUUGCAACGAGAGACUGUCAAGGCGAACCUCUGCCGCCUUCUCGUGCACAUGCGUGCGCGCCACUUCGCCUACUACGGGCGCCCCACACGGGAGCCGUAUCUCCUCUUCUCCGAAUUUGGCAUAGAGACGCACGCGGGCUGCUCCUCUCGCUCGGAGUGGGAUGACUCGCGCGUCCGCGCGUUGCAUGCCUCUGCUCCAGACACGGAACGGGCGGUCGCCCUCGAGCGAGUGCAGCGCGGCACCACCUUCGCAGGUGGUUGGGAUCGCCCUGUCCUCACGCAUGGGGACUUGUCCGACCGGAACAUCUUGGUGGACCCCCACACGCUCGCGGUGACGGGUUUCCUGGACUGGGAAAUGGCCAACAUCAUGCCGGCGUACUUUGAAUACGUCGCGGCACGGCUAUCUGGAGGCCACCAGCCAGAGUGGAGGAUGGAGUUGUUAGAUGUGCUGAGGUCAGUUCUGCGCCAUGAGUGCGAUGCUAGGCACCAAGAAUACCUAAGUCUGGCCGAUGUCGAUGAACUAGAGGGAAUGUACAGGAGAACGAUGGCGGCGUGGGACGCUGUUGUCGAUGUUGAGAGAAUCGCGCAGGGAUACGACGAUGAUUGUGCGUGGACCUUUGAAACCGGCCUGCCAGAUGCCUCACAGAAGACUGGCCUUACCUUGUAG